AUGGAUCGCCCUCCGGCCGCUAAGCGGCCUCGUCUGUCGAUGGCCUGUAAUAUGUGUCGCCAGCGAAAAGUGAAAUGUGACGCGGAGUAUCCCAAAUGUCGCAAUUGUCGACAGCGGAAUCAGACGUGUGUGACAACCGAUCCGCAACGGCCAGGAGUAACGGGCGUGCGAGAAUGGCUGGAGUUACCGGAGAAAGUGUCCGGGUUUGUUGCCAGGGACGAUGAUAGGGAGAUUCCUCGAGAAGAAGAAUUAAGCCCUCAGGAUCAGGAACAGCAGCAAUCACCAAGUAACGAUGUGAUUGAAACCGAGAAAAACGACGGAGUCUCGCCGGUGCAUCAUCCGUUCAUUACCUCCCUGAAUGUCGAACAUGAGACGAAUCGCAUGAAGAUCAUGGGGGGCAGCAGCUCGCAGUGCCUCGCCAAGUCUCUCGAUGUAUUCUUCAAAGCAGCCAGGCUGAAACCGGUAUCGAGUUCCUUUCGACAUGGAAUGCGACACGCAGAAGAGCUGGAAUUGUCGUUGAAACUGUCCCUCCCGACGCUUCCGAGUCAAGAAACUCGGGACCGAUAUUUGUCGAUGUAUGAAUCUCGGAUUCAUCCACUGUAUCCCAUCUUUGACCCGAAGGCCCUCCGAGCAGCUGUCGAACAGCUCGCCACUCUUUCAGAUUAUGCAGAGCUUUCGCGAGACAAUGUCCCUGUCUUAGCAUCCGCCUAUCUUCUGAUGAGCUUCGGAGCCGACGAAGCUACCCAGUGUAUCACAGAAAAAGGCGAUAUGUACUGCCAUGCGGCCACCGGGUUGCUGUCCCAUAUCAUAGUCACUCCCUACUUUCCAGCCGUCCAGACCCUGCUCCUUUUCACCAUUGUUUAUCGCGGGCGGAACCAGGAAGGCCUCGCCUGGCAAACCCUUGGAAUUGCCACCCGUAUUGCAUACACCCUGGGCAUCUACCGUCUGACAAGCUCCCAAACAUCCAAUCUUCAGCCUGUCGAUCAAUGCUUAUACAAGCAAGUCUGGGCAGUCUGCUGCUGCCUCGACAAAAUGAUGCAGAUCGAGUCCGGGCGUCCUGCAGUCAUUAACCCAGAACACAUACCACCCGUCGGAUCAUUGUCUUCCGAAUCGUCGUUUUUACUCUGGCAUCUUGGACUCGCAGAUUAUCAAAGCAACAUCAGUCAGCACGUCUACAACUAUCGACCCGGAUCGCGAAGUGUCCGUCAGAUUCUGCGGGACACAGCCCGACUCGAUCACUCUCUUUUAACCUGGGCCAGCAAGUUUCCUCCGGAGCUGCGACCGGGCAAUGAUCUGUUUUGUGCGGAUUCAGACUUCCACAUCGUUGCAUUUCUGUCCAUUCAAUAUCAGGAGACAUUAAUUGCCCUGCACCGAGCCGCGUUGAUUGCCCCAUCAGCCAGUUUCAAUUCCGAAGUCGCUCGGCACUGCGCGGAUGAACCCUCACAAUUUCGACUUCGUAACGGAGAAUCGAUCUGCAUUAGUAGUGCCCGGGCUAUUGCGAAAUUAAGCAUUGAGCUGUUGGAGAGGGAUUCAGACUCCAGGCUUAUCCCAGCAGGUCCGUCGCUGCUGGCCUGCAUCGUCUUGGCCAUUUACCUGAUGAAACACCCGGGGUCAAAACUGCAGGCCAUGGAUUUGCAGCUUUUGAAAGCUUGCUUGGAGUACUCAAGCACGAGACUCGCUAGUUGUAAUGCCAAUGUUCACUUCCUGGAAGGCCUGGCAGCAAUUUACGACCAGACAGCAGCCCAUCUUAAAGCCCACGCCCAAUCAGAACAAAGACCUCCUAUGAUUUCACCCGGAAGAAACGCAAGGGCACAAAUAUCUACCCAACCACAUCAACGCUGUCAACUCCCCGCAAUCAGCACGAACGACAACCCGCACAGUCAAAAUGCCCUCCUCACGCCGUCAACGUACGAGGAUAAUCCGCCCGCAACUUGGAGAAGAGAACUUGAAAAUCUCCCAGAUCUUUCCAAUCCAUCACUUGACUCGUCCAUAGGCGCACGACAGCACCAGUCCUCGCAUCCCUCUCAUAUACCGCUUGCCGAUGGCGAGGUUGGGCGCCAGUAUCAUGGAGUAACUCGUGAGCAGGGCAGCGUUCACGAGAAUGGAUCAUCUAUGGAUCAGUUCGCAGCUUUGGGCGAUUGUCCAAAUCCUGUCGAUGGGGCGGUCUUUCCUUUUGAGGGAUACAAUGUAGAGGAUUUGUGGAAUUGGAUGCUGUAUUUUGAUAGUCCGGCGGGGUUAGAUGGGGUUUCAUGA